AUGGCAUUCCAAUAUUUCCCAACUAUGGAGAUACAGCGAACGGAGAAUGACGACGAAGACGAGAUGUUUAGCGUCCAUGGUCAUGCAGGCAAUCUCUGUCGAGACACAAUCCUGGAUAAACUAAAAACAAUGAUAAGAUCGACAUCGAUGAACAAGACAGAUCUGCCAGUAAGCAUAGCGGAUUAUGGAACUGCAGACGGGCGAGCAUCUCUUUCCCUCAUCAAUGAAAUGAUAGAUGUCGUGCAGGAAAUUUUGGGGAAGGACCAAGUGAUUAACGUGUACUGUAACGAUCAACCAUUGAAUGACUUCAAUAUUCUAUCUAAAGUUAUCACAGGUUUGGUUAUAAUGUCCGGACUAAGAGUCGACAGUAACAUCUAUUCUGUGGUUGUCCCUAGAUCUAUGUACGACCAGUGUCUCCCUAACAACUCUCUGGGUUUGGCGAUGUCCUUUGUAGCUACACACUAUUUGUCAAAGCAAGUUUGGCAAAUUCAAAAUGGCGUGUUCUUUGAAGAGGCAGAUGACAAUGAACAAAGUGUGAUGAAAGAACAAGGCAAAGCCGAUUGGAGAGAUUUUGUGAUUUCGAGGGGACGUGAACUUAAACCUGGGGGGUUUCUUGUUUCAUUGAACGCGUCAGUAGACGAGCAAAAUCAUGUGACGUCCCACAUAGAGGGGGGAAAUGGAAACUUAGGAAGUUUCAUUUUUGACAUGGUUAAAGAAGACGUGAUCACUAAGGAAGAAUAUCGGGCCAUGAAUUUUUCAAACCAUUACGUGAGAACAGCAGCAGAUUUUAUGGAAUUCAGCAGUGCCAUACCAGAGGUGGUAGAACUUGGAUUGGAAAUGGUGUCAAUCAAGUCGAUGAAACAGUAUCUCAAACACCCUGUAUUUGAUAUUGCCAAUAAAAAUGAGACAGAAAAACGGGAAUAUGCCCGUAAAAUAUCUGAUGCUGUCUUCCCGUGGCUAUACCAUGUGUUUGAUGGAGGACUAUCAAAAUCCCGAACUAAAGGCGAGAGAGAUAUGAUUAUUGAUCAAUAUUUUAUUAGAUUAAAGGCCUAUGCAUUUGAGCAUUCUGACUUCAAACCCUAUCUCAUCUUCUCAGAGGUUGUCAUACAAAAGAAACAUGCCUAA